UUUCAUUCCAAGAUCGGCAGUUAUCCCAUUAAUAUAUUUAUUCAAUUAUUAAUAAAACUUUAAAAGGUUUAUCGUUGGUCGUAUAGCGAGCCGAGGAGCGAGAGAAAUAUCGAAAAGCCAUGGCACUUGUACAUAAAUUACGUGGGAUUUAUAAAUCCGUCCUUUUGUCUUCUGUUUCUCAAUCGUGGUCAAAGGAUAUUCAAAAAGUAAAGCCAAAUUUAUUUGUAAGGAACACGUCGACGUCCAAGCCCUCUUAUGAAAAGAAAGAAGUUAACGUAACAUUUAUUAGAGCAAACGGGGAAAAGUUACUGGCAAAAGGAAAAGAGGGCGAUAGCUUAUUAGAUAUUAUUGUAAAUAAUGAACUAGAUAUCGAUGGAUAUGGAGCAUGCGAAGGAACGUUAACGUGCAGCACUUGUCAUUUAAUACUUACGAAAGAAGAUUAUGACAGAUUACCUGAGAAACCGACGGACGAAGAAUUAGACAUGCUCGAUCUUGCUUUCGAUUUGACCGAUACGUCAAGAUUGGGAUGUCAAAUAAUAAUGACGAAAGAGUUGGACGGUCUUCAGGUUAAAAUACCUUCUACAAUAUACGAUGCAAGAUCUUAACGAAAGUACAUUAUUUUACUUAAUAUAUUGAAUUUAAAUGAGAGAUUUGAUAUUUAAGUAAAAGAAACAAAGACUUUUUAUGGAACUUUUCUAUACAGUUCUAUAAAGAAUUGUGCAAAUAUGAAAUUAAUAGAAGCGAUGUAUAAGCGAUGAGAAGGAUUGUAUAAUUAGUAAGCUCAACGAAUGAUUAUAUUUUAUAGAAAGAAGAUUUCUGUACAUAAUUAUUUACAGAUGGAUAUGUAUUGCGUAUAUUACUACAUGCGAUACAUGUAGAUUUUAAUUGAAAUUGAAAAUUGAAAUUAUAAGCUUUUUAAAAUCAAUUUAAUAAA